GAAAUUAGAUUACAUUUUGUUGAUGACGUUGCGCUGUCUGCAAAACCGAACAUUUCACAAUGGAGCUGCUUCUCUUUGCAUUUUCUGUAUUGUAUUUGUGUGUAGCUGCCCAAGAAUGCCAAAUAAACAACAUCCAGGAUGAAAUUUCAAGCUUAAAGACAGAAUUAUUAGGAUUAUCUUUUGAUAUAGAUGAUUUGAAAAUCAAAAAAGUUGAACCAGUUCACAGAAGAGCAAAAAGAGAAGCAGCUUUAUUGGGAGCUCAUGGUAUGGUUGGACCUCCUGGACGACCAGGCCCUACUGGGCGUCCUGGAGCCCCUGGUGCAACGGGAAUUAAUGGACCUCCCGGUACUGAAGGAUUAAGAGGGAAGAGAGGACUGAAAGGCGAUAAAGGUCAUCGUGGCGAUAUAGGACUGAAAGGUACAAAAGGAGAAGAUGGCCCACAAGGACAACAUGGUUCACCUGGCCACCAAGGUCAUAGAGCUCCAGAUGGUCGUGAGGGGCCAACGGGACCAAAAGGACACAAAGGACAGGAUGGUUACCGAGGACAAAAAGGGAAGUCAGGACGAAAAGCUGUGAAAGGAGAGAAGGGAAGUCCAGGACUUCGAGGUAAUGAUGGGCUGUUCGGACUGCACGGUGAUCAGGGCCGAAAAGGAGAUAAGGGAAUGCCUGGACCAAUAGGAAAACAAGGAAAACGUGGCGUUCCAGGAUUGCCCGGAUUUUGGGGUUUUAUAGGAAAAAAAGGAGACCCUGGACUUCCAGGACAACAAGGAACAAGAGGACAGAAAGGCGAACUUGGAAUUGUUGGCGAACCAGGACCUCGCGGGCCAAUAGGUGGAGAUAUUAUGUAAAAUGACAAAAACUCCUGGACUUUUUAUGGUUAUUUUUAAAUUUUCUUAAAAAGUGAAGUUGUUUCAUAUCAUAACGGAUAUUUGAUCAUUUUGAAUGUAGCUUUUUGUUUUUUGUUUAACAUCACUUUAUACAUAUCAAAAUAAGAUAAAUACAUAAGAUUAAAUUUUA